AUGGUGUUGGGACCAGCAUCAUUCCUAGAGCCCUUCAAGGUAGAGCAAGAAUCGCUCAGGCCCUCCGUGUUCUGGCCGCCGCCCCGCCUCGGCUCUGCGCUGGAGAGGUCGGCGUCGGACACCGAGGCCCCGGCCGGGGCGGCGCCCUGGGAGACCCUGGAGGCCCCCGCCCGCCUCCUGUUGCAGGCGCUGCAGGCAGGGCCCGAGGGCGCGCGGCGCGGGCUGGGGGUUCUGCGCGCCCUGGGCCGCCGCGCGGAGCACUUCCCUUGGGCCGGCUUCCUGGAGGCGCUGGGCCGCGCAGAGCCCGAGGUGCGGGGCCCCGACGACCGCCUGGAGCUGGUCCCACUGUUGCUGCGGUUGCCUGGGGUAUGCCUGAAGAAUCUGAUGUCCCUGUUGAUGGCUGUUCGACCUUUGUUACCGGAAUGCGGCCUCUAUUCUCUGCUGCAGCUUGCCCAGCAGGACACAGCAUCUACCCCUGAUGCCUGGCUCUGCGCCCUCAGGGAGCUGCUGCGGAGGGAUGUGGGGGCUGGCGUCUCUGUGGAGGAAGCCUCUCCGUUAUCUACGAGCUGUCAAUCACGCCUCCGAGACCUGUGUCGGCAGCUGGACCAGGGCAGUCGGGGCCUGAAAUUGUCCCUGGCUCCAGAUCCUGAACAAGAGGGUGGGCCUUCUCAGCUUUGUGGGAAACGGAGGAAGGAGCCGGAGGAAGAGCCUGCCAGCCCUGGGUCACAGAGAACCCCUAAAAGGUUCCGGGGUUGUGAGGAGGAGUCAGUGGCCGAAGGGAAGGACCUGGAAGGGAGACCUGAGCUGGAGUCCUUGCAGUCCCCGUCAGAUGGUGCAGGAGGUGUGUCGGCUGAGGCUGAGCCGCCUCAGACCAGCCCGCUUGCGGAGAAGGCCAAGGGUCCAGCUGAGAGUGUGGCCUUGCCUGACGUUGUCCAGGACCAGGUACCCAGGCUGCAGCAGCUGCUGAGGGCCUUCCAGGAGGGGCUGGAGGGGUUGGAAGAGAUGCCCCCAGUGGAUCUGCAAUUUCUCCAUGAAUGUAAUCCCAGCCAGGUGGAGUUGCUAUGCAGCCAGCUGCAACUGCCCCAGCUCCCUGACGAAGGCCUCCUGCAGUUCUGCAGCCGCCUGCUGGGUCUCACGCCAGCCCUCAGCAUCAGCAGUGCCUCUGUGCUGGCCAGGAGCCUCUUCCUGGACCGGGUCCUCUCGCUGCCGUCCUCUGCCUCCAGGCUGCUCAGAGUUGCCCUCAUCUCCUUCUGUGUGAAGUACACCUACUCUGUCUGCAAGGCUGUCCUCUGUCCCCUGCUCCAGGACCCAGGCUUAGGUCCCGCCCAGACCGAGUUACUGUGUUCCCUUACAAAGGAUGAGUCCCUGGAGCCGGACAUGCAAGUGCAGAUCCUGGGGCAUGUCCUGGAGCUGGCCUGGAGGGAGGAGACGUUCCUGGUGUUGCAGGCACUGCUGGAGCGGCAGGUGGAGAUGUCCCCCGAGGUGUUCGGGGACUUGGUGCAAAGGCUCUGCAGAGAGGGCCCAGCAGCUGCCGCCUCCAUGGCCUACGCCAAGCUGAUGCUGACGGUGAUGACCAAGUACCAGGCCAGCAUCACACAGCAGCAGAGCCUGGACCUGGCUGUGGCCCUAGAGCCCAACGCCACCUUCCUGAAGAAGUCCCUGCAGGCGGCACUGAGACAUCUGGUCCACUGACUGCAC